AUGAGAAAAACAUUCAUCACUCUUCAACAGAAGCUUCGUGAGAAACUGAAAGUUCGAGGAAUACCUUCGGACUCUGAACACAUAAAAGAAAACCCCUCCAUCAGAAUGAAGUUCCUCUUCUGGAUUCUUGUGCUCCUCGCGUGCUCCACCGUUCACUGCAAACGUCGUGUUUCAAGAGAUGAAGAAGCUGUCAGUGAUCCAGAAAAGGAUGCAGCUGACUUGGAACUGGCAAAGACUACUGCAACUGCAUUUGCUGCGGAUUUGAUGAAAGUGAGAACCAGUGAAGACAUCCAUGAUCUCACCAAUUGGCUUUCCGAUAAUCUCAUCUUCCAAUUGUGCGACAAUCGUUUGUACAAAAGUCACUUCGUCGCUUUCACCACUCACGCUCUCAUCGAAGAAGAGAAAUUCCCAGUGGCUCUGACUUUGGAAGUCGAUAAGGCAUUCACUCGUGGAGAUGGUCUUUCUAUGAUUGUCAAAGCAAAUGGAUUCGUUUUCGAGGAGAACGAUCAGCUCAUUUUGGAUUUUCAGAAGGACGAAGAUGGCAAAUAUAAAUUGGCUCAUGGAACUAUUCUCACAUGUAGAUACGAAUAG